AUGACGACCUCACCCUAUCUCCAUAACGCGGGUUGGCACUUUUUCAACUAUGGCUCACUCACAACAACCUUUACGCAGCCCCCAAGCUGCACCGCAAACCAAAGGACCGAGAUAGGCUGGAUGGACCGCGAUAUCCCAUACCAUGCCUACACUGUCCAAUGCACGAAAGAAGACUUUCCAGAAUGCGCCCCGACCGCCACGGUAACAGUCACCACUAGCACGAAAAAAUACGGUGGCGGCGUCGGCGCAUACUACUCUCCGGGAUUAUACUGCCCGUCCGGCUGGAAAACAGUAGGAAUGGCCGCACGCGACGAGAAAGAAGACCUCACAAUGUCGGGCGCAGUAACGGUUGAAACGGGCUACGGGUAUCCAUGGAGAUAUGAAGAUUACGCGCCGACUGUUUUGGCAGACAUUCUGGAGCCCAGUCAAACGCUGGCGCUCUGUUGUCCGAGUCAUAUGACACCAGAUAUAGCGGGCAAUUGUUUCUCGAUCAUCCCAUCUUAUACACCAACUAUCGGCUGCCGAGCCUGGAACAAAAUAAGCUACGAAUAUGAGACGACAACAAUGCCAUACACAUUAGGCCAUGAGGUCACAACGGUGGCUGUCAGAUUUCCUACGGAAACUGAAAUCUCCCGCACGACUGAUUGGGAGACCUAUGAUGAAUUCGACUUGGAAAUGUUUACUCCAAUCUCUGUUGUUCCUCAGGUCACCCUUAUUCACCACCAAUCUGAUCUGGAUCGUCAGGCUACAGCUAUGAGUGCUCAAACUGCUACUGGCACAGGUGCCUCUGGGCCCAUUGCUUCGUUUAUUACGCCCACUUCGAAUGUCGCGAGAAAUAUUAGUCUACGGAAGCCGAGCCGAGAAGGACUUGGCGCUGUUCUGGGACUUUCGGGGACAAUGCUGGCUCUUGGAGCUGCAUUUGUAUUUUCAUUAUAA